CUUUGUCAUGUUCCUACUUAUGUGCUGAAUGUGUCAGGGUUAAAAGGAUGAUUUAUUAUUCUACUCUCUCUUUGUUUGUUUUGUUCCCUUUCUCACUUGACAUGUACACUGAAAGAGGUCAAUGGGAGAAAUGCAUUGAAACCGUAUCAAAACAGGGGAUUCUUGAUCAUUCAGAUUUCCACAACGUUGAUGUUCCAUUUGAAGUGCCUCUUCCUGCAAAGCAACAUGCGACUGACGACAAGCGAGAGGAAAUCAGGGACAGGGUACUGACCGUGUCCAUGGAUCAGAGAGUGGAACAGGUUCUACCGAAAGAUGAACGGGACACUUAUGAAGCAGCUCUCAUGGCUGUGAAUACUGGCAUCCGCUGUCUUCCCUGUCUCAUUACAGACAACUCACAGUCCAGAGUGCCAGGAUGUUCUGAAGUUUAUUAGCCAUUGGUGUGGAGGGCUCCCUAGUGCUGGCUUUUCAUUUCAAUAAUACAGAGUAGCUGACAAGUCAAGAACACUACAAGUCUCCUCUCUGCUUAUCUUCAGCUUCACAACCUUUAACCCUAAAUUCUUGAUUGUUCUGAACAGAACAAAAAAAAAAGAUUGAAAUAAUUUUAUUGUGAUGAUCACUUAAUGUUAUUGUAAUGACAACCUAGACAUUAUACCUACCAACAGCCCUUAUUGAGUGUGUGAAAAGGGGUUCUGUAUGAGGUGCCAUUAUCCGUACAGAAUAAUUGUGAUUGUACGUGACACCGAGCUGUUAUCAAAGAACAUCACAAGAAAAGCUUUACUCCCUCACCACCACUUGGUAUUUGGAAAUCAGAUAAGCCAUCCCAUUAGGCAGUACACAGUAUGAAGUUGAAGUCAGGUAGAUGCAGGUGGGCUCAA